CCCCCGCCCGCCGCCUUUUCCCCGCCGUCGCCGCGGCCGCCCGCCCCGCGCAGCCCUGCGGAGCUCGGGGCGGCGGCGCCCCGCCGCCGGCCAUGGCCGUGCCAGCCGCGCUGCUCAGCCCCCACCACCUCCUCUCCUUCUGCUUCCCCGCCGCCGGCGGCCUCCUGGGCUAUGCCGACCUGGAGAAGGGCUACGAGGGCGGCGGCGACGCGGGGGACUUUAAAGAAGCCACCAGGGACCUGCUGAGCUUCAUCGACUCGGCCUCCAGCAACAUCAAGCUGGCGCUGGACAAGCCGGUGAAGUCCAAGCGGAAGGUGAACCAUAGGAAGUACCUGCAGAAGCAGAUCAAGCGCUGCACCGGCAUCAUCGCCGCCGCCCCGCCGCCGCCGCCCGCUCCGCCGCCGCCCGCCGCCGCCCCGCCCGCCGCCUGCCCCGCCAAGCCCCCGCCGCGCCGGGAGGCCUCGCAGGCGGCCAGCAGCCUCCAGAGCAAGAGCCUGGCGGCCCUCUUCGGCUCCCUGCAGCAGGGCCGGGGGGCGGCGGGCGGCGGCUGCGGCGAGGCGGCGGGCGGCGGCGGGGCGGCGGGCGGCGGCAGCGGGGCGGCGGGCGGCCCGCGGAAGGUGCCGCUGCGGGACCGCAACCUGCCGCCCUCCUUCUUCACGGAGCCGGCGCUGCCCGCCGCCGCCCGCGGGCCGCCGCCGGGCGCUAAGGAGCUGGAGAAAGGCGGCGGCGGAGGCGGUGCGGAGGCGACCGAGUUCUUCGAGCUGCUGGGCCCCGAGUACGGCGCGCUGCUGCCCGAGCACGCCGCCCCACCGGACGCCUUCCCCGGCGGCACCGCCGCCCGCCUGCCCGCCGAGCUGGGCCUGGAGCACGGCCUCUACGAAGCGCCGCUGCCGCUGCCCGCCGCCCACCACCCGCUGCUGGGCGGGCUGCUCUACCCCGAGCCGCCCUGGAGCCCGGCCGGGCCCUGCAGCCCGCCCAAGAAGGCGCCGUCCGAAGCGCUGCGCCCGCUCUACCCGGGCGGCGGGGAGCCGGCCCCCGGCGGCAGCGAGGAGCCCGGCGGGCACCUGUCGGCGGGGUUCGCCCCCUUCUUCCCCGAGUGCCCGCUGCCCCCGCCGCAGGUGCCCUACGACUACAGCGCCGGCUACCACCGCGCCGCCUACUCCGGCCUGUAGGGCAGCGCCGCAGGGCCCGGCCCCCCCGACCCCCGCCCGCCCCGCCCGGGACGGUGAAAUGGGGGGGGGGAGGAUGGGGGGAGCCCACCCGCGGGCGCGGGGCUGGGACCUGACGGACGCUCGGGCGAGAGCGGGGACCUCCCGCCGCUCACGCGUGGGGCUGGGGGCUCCGCUGGCCCCGCCGCGUGUGUGCGUGUGCGUGUGUGUGUGUAUAUCCCCACCCGCAACCACGGCCACGGCUCCUGCGGGACUCAACCUCCUGCUCUGCAAGUCGCCUUCUCCUGCGGUUUGGGAGACGCUGCAAAUAAAAUGUGAAAUCCUGGGUUCCUUCAGGUGUUUUUCUAGCGGCCGGUGACUCCCUUCCCUUCGCCUUCCUUAGGGUCAGGUUUUGUCUUGCUGUAGGCAGACGCGGCUUGGUGUUACCUGUCUUACGUGCCCUUGCAACGGGGGCUGCUCUUCUUGAAGGCAGCCGUGACCAUUUGUAAAUGAUUUCAGUCUAAAAGUAAAACUCGGUCAACUCUUGCGGUAUAUUUAAAGUUUUUCCCUGGCUCGCCUGCAUCGCAAGUGCUGGCGGAUGUUCAGCUGAGGACACAAAGGCAAGGAAAAAAAAAAAAAGGCAAAAUUAAAAAUGCUGCUACCAAAACUUAGUGUCCUGAAAUUUAACAAUGUCUUGCAGGAUCUUGCAAACAGCAAUUUACAGCGAUACGUAAGUUAAUUGAUGGCGUAAGUUCGGGACAAAAAUGUACUGUAGCCUCUGUGGCGAUGUGAUUCCUACAGACCGUUGGAGUUCUUCCAGGAAUGUGUCAAGGCUCGGAAAGCAAUGCGGCUCGGUCUCAUUGUGUACAGGAGAUUAUUUGAUAAUCAUUUAAGUUAUGUAAAAGAGUCUAUGAUAGGUCCUAUAAAAAUAAAGCUACACAAUAGAUCUAAGAUCUGUGGUUGUUACUGCCGUUGAACUGCGGCGUUCAAGGGGUUUUCACCACACCUCCAUCCUCUGUAAUGGUUUCUUGGCAGGAGUUAAGACGGGCAGUGGUUUUUUGUCUUUCCUAAAUCUUUUGAAAUGACGUAUUUUAUUCACAGCGACCUGUGCUUGUUUUGCCUUCGUUUGUACCGGCUGUUUCUUUAACUGACUAGAAAGAAGGGAACAAUAAUACACUACAAAGCCAAGGGAUGAAAAUUGUUACAGUUAUGAAAACAGAUCAAAAUACUUGGAGGUUUCCUAUUGAGAUGCAAGUCUUACAAGGCAAUCCCGCAGUCUGGCUCCCCGCCAGUCCCAAGUGGAUUGUUUGUUUUUGAAACGGGACCCACAUACGGAUCAGCCUGAGGUUUUACCCUCCGUGGUGGCAAAGCCUGGUGCCUUCUAUGUUUUAAAAGAUAAUGUGAAAGGGGAAACAGGUUUUUUCAUUCAUCAACCCAGAUUUAACUUUUUGGAGACUUAGGGUCAAGAUGUUGGGAAGUAUGGAGAGGUGAAGGAAGAGUUUUUGGAAAUAAACUGUGAGAGAAUUUGUUUUGGAAAUUGGCUUAAUUUUAUUUUUAAACAGCAAGACCUGUAUCCUCUGCUGCCUCUUUCCUCCCCAAAAGCUAUCCAAGGUCUUCACAAGCUGUAUGGAAAGCAACCACCAUGGAUGAACGGCCACAGCAUUUCAGUGUCUAAGGAAACACACUUUUCGAGCAUAAUUUUGUGGUAGUUUAUUUAACUAAGCUCACGAGAGCGUGUAUGAGGAACAACGGGCAGCCGGUCCAGCCAAGGUAGCUACAAAUUAGGUUAUUCCUGCCCCGCUGCUGGUUUUGAUGACGGGACAAUGUCCUACUCUGUGAGCUCACUCCUGCCUUCUUCACUUUGGCAAACCUCCCAGUGAAGGGAGCGCGAGUUUGCAUCCGCAAGCAGUGCGCUGCCAGGUCCGAGCCGCGCUUGCGUAAAAAUACAUUUUAGGUUAUCUAGACAAGACCAGCUGGGGGGUUAUUUCGGUUGGAGAGGUGGUGUGGUUGUUUUAUGUUUGUUUUUUUUUUUUUUUGUUUAGCGACUGCUUUGAGCCUGUGUAUUUGUAGCACAUAUUGGCAGCUGCUCAGAGUAUUGCAGCUUGAUGGUGCUGCAUGAACAUACAUCUUAUUGCCCGGCUUUCUCACGUGGGCCGUGUGCCCGAGAUCUGUGCUGUCAGCAGGCCGAGCAACUGAAGGGGAAGCUGAUAAUGCAAUGGUCUCUGCUAAGGAAAGAAAACACAUUUUUUGACUUAGGAUUUCACUGAGCAAUUAAUUUAUUUCACAAGCUCAAUAUGCUAAUGUGUAUUAACCAGGGAUCUAAUCCUGAAGACCUUAUAGCCUAUCCUGUCAGCUCACAGACUUCAGUGAGAUUUUGCUCAAAAAAAAAGUCUAAAAUAGGUCCUCAGGAAUGAACUCUGGGAAUUGCUACGUAGACAUUGCAAACCUGACUGGUUUGGUUGCCCACAGGCCUCACCUUUUUAUUCCAAGUAGCCGUGAAGUGCCACAAAUCUAACGUGCCGGUGGUUUUCACUCCUUGGGUGCUCUGCUCCCUUGUGUAUGGUGACCUGUGGUGCUCAGAAGCAGAGCAUCAUCAGCCUUCUUGGGUUAGAUCUUGUCUGAAACCAGUGGGAGAAGUGGUUCCGUGGGUGUCAGCAGAGCUGGACUGGUAUAAAACUGUUGUGGCAGCCCGCUCCAGAUCCUGCCAGGUUGGGAGGGUUCUUCGUGGGCUUGCAAGAAGUCGGGGGCAGGCUCCAGGAGUCAGCCUGACUGAGCAGCAGCUGCAGAUGUUGCUUCAGCUUAGCUUUUAUUCUGCAAUAGUUCCUUAAAGCGGGACUUUCAGUUUAUAGGAGCUUACGCUGAAAAAAAUAAAAUAAAAUUAAUAUCAGUAUUCUUUGAAGUACUGCUGCAUUUCUGCCAGAGGAGGUAUUUGAGGAGUACCUGGUGUGGGAAGCCUGAUAAGGCUGGGAAGGAGCUAACAAUGGCUGGGUCCAUCCCGGCUGCUUUUCCCACAGCAGAGGCCAGACAAAGGACUUCUGUGCGACUCCCGAGGAGUGCUGGAGCUCCUCUUCGUGCUGCCGAGGAGGCGAGGGCACGGUGACCAGACCAAGGAUUGCCAUCUAGCGGAGCUGCGUCUUUUAUCUUCUUUGUGCUUGUGUGGGCUCUUUUUGUUGCGGUUGUUUCCCCCAGCUUGAAUAGUGCAGGCACUGGAAAUGUCACCUAAGAGUCUCACUCAGAAACACCCUUGGGAAAUUGCCUUCUCCACUGAAACAGUGAAGAGCAUCAUCUUAAGCAUCUGUAAGAAUAAAACCUUUUGUAAUUGACCAAGAUAUUUUGGUUUAUCUGGUGCACUUUUACAAGGAGUCUGUCCCUAAGAACUACAGCUGAUUGUUCUUCGCUUUGCUGGCUUAAAAGAAGCGUGUCCCUCUGAAUGGAAGUGAGUUCUGCUUGGUUGGAUUGAGGCCACGCUAUCAAACUAUUUCAUUUUACAAAGUCUGCACUGAGUUCCUCAGAUACACUAAAUUCCAUUUUGUUGCUGCUGUAUUUUACACAUAUUAUCUGGUUUUACUGGAGAUUUUGGUGGAAAAGCAUACACAUCUUAAUAUUUUUUCAUAUGCAAAGAUGAUAAAGGGAAAUAACAAGUCCCCUUCGUUCUCUUUUUAAGUGAGGGAAUCUUACCUUUCCAUAAUGGUGAUUUACUGAUGAAUAACGAAGGGUUCACCAUGAAUAGUUGUUACUGUGUCUCAAUAUUUUGUGAUUUAAACUGCCUGGGUCUUUUCCAAAGUCACUUCAAGAAAGCAGAAAGAUUCCUUUAUUUUCUCAGAUGGGCUUUUGAAACAGGCUGGCUAACUAUUUAAUGACCUGAGCUUGGGAUUGCUCUGAUACAGCCUGACCAUCAAUGAUGAAUCAUCUUCGAUGAGCUUACGUAGUUGUUCAAGCAAUGUUAGUAAAAAAGAUACAGAAGUUUAUUGUAGACUCUGUUUUCUGCCUUUUUGAAUAAACUGCUUUU